AUCAUGUCGGGUGUAAUGAAUCCUCCUGAGAGCAUUUAUAACCUGAUUCCCAAAGAGGAGGUGAAGUCUGAAAAACCUCCCAGGUACACAUCAAAGUUCAGACAUCAGGUAAAGCAGGAGAAGCAGCAGAACAAAGCGUUCAACAAGACCAUGGGUCCAUCUAAAGUGGACGUACCUCCUCCAGAUAAAUACCUGCUGAAACACUCAAAAGAGCCCCAGCUGCCUGAGAGGAAGCCUUUCUUAUAUCAUGAGGACUUCCAGCCCAGGAAGCCACCUGUACCUGCUAGGACGGAGAAGCCACUCAUGGGCAUCUGCAGCAAAAUGGACUUUGUAAAGAGUAACGUGAUAAAGAACAAAAUGGCCGUUCCACGCAAACCCCAGCCUGCAUGCGCACACACCAGACAUGGAGACAAGCAGGUGCUUCAAAACUCAGGCCUCGUCCCACAGUUCAUCAAGAAAAAGGAUUAUGGUCAGACCCCGCAGUAUCUGAGCCAGAGGCAGGAGGAGGUGAGGAGAGAGCAGGAGGAGUACGAACAGUAUGUGCAGGAGAGGAUGAAGGAGGAGGCCAUGAAGCAGCUCUCUGAGGAGGAGCGCCAGGAAAUACUGCAUGGUCUGAAGAAGAACUGGGAUGAGCUCCAGCACCAGUACCAAGGCCUGUCCCUGGUCAUAGAUACGCUGCCUAAGAAACACAGGAAAUUGCAACUAGAGGCAGAAAUGAAGCAGCUGGAGAAAGACAUCGAGCUAAUGGAGAGACAUAAAAUCAUCUACAUUGCUAAGAGCUGAUCACAACAUGCAUGACAUCACAGAUUAAAUCACACACACCCACUACAGGAAUGUCAGAGACGGGAACUGCAGGCACGGUACACAGGAACUGCUGACGUAAAGAC